UUCGCCUCAUAUACCACUAACUCAAAGAAAAAGGAUCUACACGCAUAUACCAUUCCUAUAAUCCGCUAAAGCAUGUCAAAUCCGACUCAACUCUUCCCGUCCAUCGGAUCAGUGGCCGAUGAAACGCAGAAAGUCCCAGAAAAGGAGCAGGUGACAGCGUCGGCGCAGACCGCAGACGACGAAGAGAGACCCGUGCAGGAGAUCGAGUCGUUAUGCAUGAAGUGCGGCGAGCAGGGUGUUACGAGACUGCUUUUGACAACAAUCCCCUUCUUCCGUGAAGUGAUUGUAAUGUCUUUUCGAUGUGAGCAUUGUGGGUUUUCAAAUAAUGAGGUACAAGCCGCAAGCACAAUUCGACCGGAGGGCGCUGCGUAUACAGUACGUGUCCGGUCAAGAGAUGAUCUCAACCGUCAAAUUGUCAAGUCGUCCACCUGCACUGUUACAAUACCCGAGUUCGAGCUCACCCUCCCGCCGGGACGCGGACAAUUGACCACGAUCGAAGGUCUCCUCCGUGAUGUCGUCGCUGAUCUCAGCGCCGACCAACCUUUGCGGCGUGUCGAUAACGAAGCCACGUACAACAAGAUCCAGACGAUCAUCGACGGCCUCAAAGGAAUCCUGGCAGAUGACGAGGACGAGGAAGAUGAAAACGGGAACGCGCAGCCGCGUAAGGCGUCCGAGAAGAAUGCGCCGAUGUGCCCGUUCACCAUCAUCGUGGACGAUCCCACGGGCAACUCCUUCCUAGAAUUUGUGGGCAGCAUGGCGGACCCGAAGUGGAACAUGCGCACGUACCGCCGCACGCGCCAGCAGAACAUCGACCUUGGCUUGAUUGCGCCAGAUGAGGCGGAGAAGCCUGCCGCUGAGGGAGCACCACAGGAGGGUCAGGCGAAUGGAGAAGAAGAGGGACCGAAGGUCGUUGGGCCGGAGGGCCAGAAUGAGGAGAUCUUCGUCUUCCCUGGGACGUGUUCCAGCUGCGGGCACCAUAUUAACACGCUCAUGAAGAAGGUGAACAUUCCGUACUUCAAGGACAUUAUCAUCAUGUCGACGAACUGCGAGUUUUGCGGAUACCGUGACAAUGAGGUCAAGUCGGGAUCAGCUAUCUCGCCGCAAGGCAAGCGGAUCACACUGAAGGUGAAAGACAAGGAGGAUCUCAGCCGAGACAUUCUCAAGAGUGAGUCUUGCGGUAUGGAGAUCCCUGAGAUCGACCUUGUGCUCCAGCAGGGCACACUUGGCGGACGGUUUACCACGCUCGAGGGUAUCCUCGACCAGAUCUAUGACGAGCUCGCGGAGAAAGUUAUCGCCGCAAGUGAUUCGCACAUGGACGAAGGCACGUUCGAGAACUUCCUCAAGAAACUGAAGGAGGUCAAGAGCGCCGAGCGGCCAUUCACGGUCAUCCUCGACGACCCGCUCGCGAACUCGUACAUGCAGAACCUGUAUGCGCCGGACCCCGACCCGAACAUGAAGAUCGAGAUGUACGAUCGUACCUGGGAGCAGAACGAGGAGCUCGGCCUGAACGACAUGAAAGUUGAGAACUACCAGGAGGAUGCGCAGAAGGUGGAGAGUAAACCGGAACAGGCGAAGGAGACCAAGAAGCAAUGAUGGACUGACUGUGUGCACAGGAUAUCACUAAGGAUUUAAUGUAGGAUAUAGAAGGCUACCUGUAUUGUACGCAAACCCUUAGCAUAAUGCAAUUGUAGAAGGACAAGUAAUGUAGCAAAGUAGCAUCUCGAAC